AUGCCUCCCAGAAGACGGAGCAAUGUUCAGCCUGGCGACCCAGUGCCUCAAGGCAGAAAAUACAGAUAUCGACCGGGAACGAAGGCGCUGAGGGAGAUCCGGCAGUACCAGCGGACCACCGACCUGCUGCUGUUGAAGCUCCCCUUUGCCCGACUGGUUCGAGAGGUCGCAAUGUCGUUCAGGCCAAUAGGGGAGGAGAUGAGGUGGCAGUCGCAAGCGAUCCAAGCGCUACAAGAAGCCGCCGAGGCCUUCCUCGUUCACCUCUUCGAGGAUUGCAAUCUGUGCGCAAUCCACGCGAAGAGAGUCACCAUCAUGCAGAAGGACAUCCAACUGGCGAGGCGGAUACGUGGGGCCUGGGGAGGCGCCGCAGUAUGA